GCUUUGGUGAGGAACAGCCGAACAACGUCGGGAAGGCGAAGAAGAAGAAGACAGCAGGAUGGGCAGCGCACUGCGCAGGGGCCUGAGCGAUCAGCGCAGCGGUCUGACGGAUCGCGAGAAGAGGCUUAUUCGAAACAGCUGGCGCAAGUUCUGCGAGCAGAAUCCAGACUACGGCGUGCGCAUCUUCAUCGGCAUGUUCGCCAAGCACCCCGAGUACCUGCAGAUGUUCCCAAGGUUCAGGGACAAGGAGCUGCGCACGCUGCGCGACGACGCCAAGUUCCGGGCGCACGCAUGCGCCGUGGGCCACCAGCUGUCGGCCAUCGUGGAGUGCAUUGAGGACGACGAGGUGUUCAUCGAGCUGAUCCGCAAGAAUGCUGCCAAUCACCUGCCCAGGGCCGGCGUGGGGCCGUCGAACUUCGAGAGCCUCUUCACGGCGGCGCUCGAGCAGAUGGUGGCCAGCAACAAGGCACUCAUGACGCCAGCCACUCUGAGAGCCUGGGAGAAGCUUUUCAAGAUGAUGAACACAAUCACGAGGAACGUAUAUGAGGAGGCGGCCGAAAUCUCAGCCACCAGCCAGGAGACGUCGUCGGGCGACGACCACUCGCUGGUCGACCCUGUCGCUGGCUUUGCUGAACACUCGAAGAGUGACGCAGCCGAGGUUUCUGCCGGUGGCAGCCCCGCGCAGGUUCCAAUGACCGCCCAGGGAACCACCGCUGGUACUUCCGAAAAACUGACCAAGGAGGGUCCGGACGGGGCUCCUGGAAUUGCGAGACCAAGCACCGUGGCGCCCGCUGGAAGCGCCAGUCCCGCGACGAUACCAUCAUCGAGCAUGCCGAACCAAGCGAACGGUGCUUCGGGCAAGCGUUCUCGCCACGACGUUGCCGAGUAUUCGAAGCGGAGAACGUCGGCUCCUGCUCCGAAGACUAGCGGCACGCAAGCACCACGAGCUGCGGCACAGGGCACGCUGCGCGGCGCAGUGUCUUCGGAAAGGGUAACCAAGACGGCCCACCAAGAUGCGUCAUCACACGAGAACGCGGAUGCGGCUACGCUAUAGCCCUUCGUCGCUUCGUCGAUCACUAAAGCGACAGUGUAUUGCUGGAGUACGUAAUCACGCCAGCGCUUUGAAGGGUAUAGAUCUCGUCCCGCAAUGAUCCCCUCAGAGCUUGCGGAUCGCAGUCUCUUUCUUGUCGACGUGCAUUAAACCGAACGUUUUUGUCGUCCACUCGUACAAAAAUUCGAUGCAAUUUAACUGUUGCACCCGCGUGGUACUGUGAAGACACAACUUAGUAAUGCUGCGGAAGCGCACUGAUUGCUACGGCAUCGUGGGUUCCGAUUCGUUCCUUAAUAAAGGGGAACGCAACUGCAAAUUGAUAUUUUCUUGCACAGCUUCUGGCAAUUUUCUAAGUCACCGUUAUUUCUAAACAAAAACAAAGGCCGACAGAGUUGUGAUGGAGAACCCAUUGCUUGCCCGUCUUGCACCUCGCAGCUGCAGACGAUGUGAGAUAAUUAUAUAAAUUGAAUAGGGAGAGCGUUAUUAGCUGAUUUCAUAAGCCGUUUCGCACUUGGCGUCGGUUCUAUCGGGUGGGCACUUGCGGAAUCUCGGGGGAGGCAGCUGGGUAUCGGCUGAUGAGAUGUAGCGCAUGAAAAGCCCGCUGCUAUGUGCGAACUGCACGUGAUCGAUGAACGGAUAUAAGCCUAGCCGCGAAUGCAUUUUUAUCGACGAGACUUAGUUAAUAAAAUGGUGCGGAAGGUUGCAACGUUCACAACACCUGUGCAAAA